AUGUCGCUCAUCAACCCAACUUCCCGUUCCAAAGGGCCUUUUAAGCCCUCUUCGCGGCGUGCAGAAACCGCUAGAAUAUUUGCUCAUCCUCUCCCAAUUAUCUUUCCAGAGCCGACAUACACAUUCCUUGGACUCUCCCUGACCCGACCACUCAAUCCGCAUUCCACCGCACUGUUCGACCCUAUCACUCGCUCAGCUUGGGUCUCAAAUUCUGGCGAUGCAACCUUAUUAUGGCAGCGCGGAUUCUUUGGAAAGGGAGACCUGUCCAGGAGUGAGCCCAGCUGGUUGGCGAGACAGAUAAACGCAAGAAAAAUGAAGGGGAAGGGACUCACAUCCGAAGAGAUCACCGCAAAACGUCGUGCAGAGCGCAAGCAGUUCAAGCUCGAUCGUGCAAAGGCAAUUGCUGCUGCCGCAGCUGAAGCAGAGGCUACUUUCAAGGAAGAAGGUCGCGUUAUUGCGCCUGGUAUUGCGCCGGAUGGCACACGCGUAAUACCCUCUGCUGCGACCUGGAAACCAAUGUCUGCAUCCGUGCCUUUGGAACAGGCGUCUCCCGACGUAACAGCAGAAGAGAUACAAGAAGAGAUCGAGCCAAUACAGGAUGUCGAGCAUCUCCAACUCUCGCUUCAAGAGGCAUUUUUCCUCGUCUGGGCACUUGACUGCUUGACAGUCUUGCAUCUCGAAACCGUGUGUUUCCUUAUUCCCUCCUCGAAACUUAAUGUACCCUUUACCCUCGCUGAAAUUUGGAAUGCGUUCCAAAAUGCCCAUGUACCGUCAUUGGGUCCACAACUAAACGCACCGUCACCUCCACGUUUUGACAACCCUUUCCUCGUAUCUUACAUCGCAUAUCACCACUAUCGCUCCCUUGGCUGGGUUGUCAAAAGUGGCAUCAAAUUUUGCGUCGACUAUUUGUUGUAUAAGCGCGGCCCCGUAUUUCAGCAUGCCGAAUUCGCAAUUGUCGUCAUCCCCGUAUAUGAAGACCCCGAAGAUCAAGCAAACUCACCAUUCAAACUGCAGAACGCAGAGCCAUUCACGUGGUCAUGGCUGAGCACGAUAAACCGUGUCAAUUCUCAAGUUCAAAAGACGCUGGUCUUGUCGUACAUCACCAUACCUGCGGAGUCGCGGGUAUCUCCCAAAGUCCUCUCUUCGCCUGCGUGCUUUGCGCAUUACUCGGUGCGCGAGGUCGUAUUGAGGCGGUUCGUUCCGGCACGGAUGCGAGACUAG